AUGGCGAAUACUACAGAUACUUCUCCCACUGUAUCAUCUGAUUAUUUCACCACUGAUGAAAAUUUUACAGCUACAAUAACUUCAGAUUUAACUAGCACCGAGACUUCAACAAUAAUAAUAACCACAACAACGACGACGACGACAACAACAGCAACGACUACUGACAGGUGUUUUGAUAUAAAAUCAAAUAAUAUUACUGUACAAAAUCGUGGAUCAGAUAUGUUCACAGCACUUAUUUCUUACGAUUGUCCGUUUACAGACUUGUAUAGCUUUACAAUGUUAUAUGAUGAAACAUCUGCUAAUUGCAGCAUACUUAAUAACGUUUCAAAUAUUACUGGAGACAUUGCUAUCAAUGUGACAUGUAACAAUAUUCUUAAUAAUGCUGGUCGAAACUGGACAUUCAGUAUAAAUCGAACGUCAUCGAAUAGUGCAGUUUAUUUCGAAGAUUUUACUAUAACACUUUCCCCAUUAAAUUAUACCGGUUUUAAUUAUACUACAACAUAUGACAAUAAUCAAAUAUCAAUAACAAUUUCUAAGCCAGAUUGUUCACAAAUAGCUGAUCUACAGUAUCUUGUUGUACGAUGUAACGACUCAGAUAAGACCAACAAUACUCUUUCACAGAACUGUACACAAGUUUGUUGGGGUUUAGAACACGGUUCUAAAUAUAAUGUCUCAUUAGUUCGACUACCCAUUCCAAUAGCUGAUAUGAAUGAUACCAUUCCACAAUAUAGUCAACACAUCAUUAUCCCUACAAAACUUGAUAGCGCAACAAAUUUGAGCUUCAUAAAUACAUCAAUCACAAAUGAAUCAGUAGCAAUUAAUUUCACAUGUCCACGUGGAUCAUAUGAGAAGAUAGUUACGAAUUGCAGUGCACGUGAUUUAAAUUGUCCACUCAGGAAGAAUCUCACUUUAGAUAAUUCUAUUGUAAACUGUUCCAAUUACACGUCUAUUACAUUACCUAAAGUGUUGCAAGGAGUUGAAUAUGAAUGUAAACUUAUUACUAUGAAAGAAACAUUUAAUAAUACCGUAUCAGAUAAUGUUAUAUUUCAGAUACCGUUAGAACCUGUAUUGUAUAACGGAUCAAACUCGUCAAACAAUAGUGUGAUUAUUUUUAAUGUUACUCUUAACAGUGACUUUAAUACAAUUGCAUCCAAUUGUACUGUAGCUAAUAAUCAAUCAAAUCCAUGUGAAAAUGUCACAGAGCGAUACGAAAACUGUUCGACUCAAUUGAACCUUAAGGGAAUUCCUGGAUGUGACUAUGAAUGUUCUUUUAUAACUGAAAAAGCAAACUAUACUAGCAAAAAUUCACAAGUAUACAAUUUCUCUAUUUUUCCUUCAAAACCAAAUAUUUCUGAUCAUAAACAAGGAUCACGAUGGAUAUCAAUCAAUUGGACAAUAAGUGAAGUUACAUAUAUUCAAUCAUUUAAUAUAUUCAGCAAUACUUCUAUGGAAAACUUCAGUGACUUUCCAUCGGAUGAAAAAAGCUUUUCUUACAAUUUUACAACAGAAAUUAAACCUUUUCGUAGUUAUACUCUUCAUGUUGAAUUAGUUUCAAAUAAAAAUGUUUCAUCGGAAACAUUUUCAAUCGAAACAUCAGAAGAAGCACCUCCACCACCAGAUUCUAAUGAUAUAGAGAAAAAAAUUAUUCCACAAAACGACGAUGAGUUGUCAACGUAUGAACAAUAUGUCAUCGAUAUUGAUCCAACAUUAUUUUCCAAUGAGUAUGGAAUUGUACGGACAUAUUUAAUAUAUAUUCGUCAAGAUCAAACUUAUAACACAUCCGAAGUCAAUACCAAUGGAACAUAUGCUGAAGCUUCCCGUAAUAUAUCAAUCGAUUAUCUAGCAGUUGUUAUACCCAUAAAGUCUGUACAGCGAAAUGGUAAUUUAGUAAUGAACAACAUUACUGUGAUACUUGGAAAUCAGACAGAUUGUUUCAAUGAAUCAAUAGCAUAUACUCCAUGUAAUGGUCCAUUAAAAUCUUCGACAACUUACAGAGUGAUCCUAAGUGCUUGUACAAUUGCUGGUUGUGAAAAUGUUCUAUCCAAAUCCUUUGAAACAAAAGCUCCACCUCCAACACCAACAAAACCUUCGCCAUCAAAAGGAUGGGUAGCUAUAUUUCCAGUUCUGGCGCUUGUUGCUGUAGUUGUUGUUUUGGCUGGAUGGAAGCGAAAACCACUUAAACGAUUGGUCACUGGAAAAAUCCGAAAAUAUCGAAAAUCAUCAAAAGUUCCUCGUUCUAGUGGGUCAAUAUCAUUAACAUCAGUAUACACUGUGCCAACAAAAAGACCAAAACCUCUUUACAAAUAUAUCAGUAUGACAAACGAUGAUGAAAAAGCAAUUUAUAAUGAAUAUCAGGAUUUGGAGAUGACAGCUCCACAAUAUCGGCAAUCAGAUUAUGAAGCAGAAUAUGCUACUAAAAAUCGAUAUGGUAAUAUUCCUGCUCGAGGACCUUGGGAAAGAACAGCUGUUCGAUUAACUGCUGACCAUCGUGUUGAUGAUUAUAUCAAUGCAAAUGAAAUUCAGGGAUUACAUUGCGCUAAGCAAUAUAUAGCUACUCAAGCUCCAUUACCAGAUACUUGUCAAGAUUUUUGGGAAAUGAUUCUUCAAUAUAAUGUCUUGAAAAUUGUUAUGGUAACAAGAUUGAAAGAACGAAAUCCUCACAAUCCAACACUAACUGUAGAUAAAUGUCAUAAUUAUUUUCCUGAAAAUAAAGGUGAUUCAUUAACAUUUGGUCCAGUUGUUGUUCAAGUAAUAGAUAUUGAUCGUCGGCCAAAGGAUGAUCUAGAAAUUCGUCUUAUACUCAUUAAAGAUGGAAAUAUAGAACAUCGUGUAUAUCAUUAUUAUUUUAUUGGGUGGCCAGAUUUUGGUGUUGUUACUCAACCAAAAUUACUUGAUCUUAUUGAAACAAUUAAUAAUCAUGGACAAAAUUUAUUUAAAAAAGAAAAAGAACGUUUAACAACACCUAUGGUUGUUCAUUGCAGUGCUGGUGUUGGUAGAACAGGAACUUAUAUUGCCGUAGAUAUAAUUACCAAAUUAAUUAAACAAUCAGAAAAUAAUUUAUCAACAAUGCAACUUGAUGUUAUGGGUGUUGUUUAUAAACUACGACAAGAGAGAGUCAAAAUGGUUCAAACUAAGGAUCAAUAUAUGUUAGUCAAUCGUUGUGUAGAAGAAUAUUUAAAAAGAAUUAAUCGAUUAAAUGAUAUUAUGCGACCACCGAAUAUAUAUGAAAAUGUUAGUGAUCGACAGUCAAAUACUUCGACGAAUAUUUAUAUGAAUAAUGAUAUAUCCGAGAAUAAUUUAAAUAAAAAAUCAUCAUUUAAAUAUAAUAAUACAAAAGGAGAUAAUUCAUCUCUAGUCGAUAAUCAUAGUAAUUCAUCUGGUGUUGUUCUACGACAAUCGAAAUAUAAACCUAUACAUGAUCAAUAUGAUAGUAAAUCAAAAGAUGAUAAUACACCAUCAAUACCAAGACGAUUACCUUCUAUUAAACGACAACAAAAUGAUUAUUAA